GUGGUUCCUCUCUUCUUUCCUAAUGACUCCGAUCUCUCUGAAAUAAACCGCACUCUGCUGGCAAUGCAAAGGCUUGAUAAUUGCCAGAUCUAUCGGCAGCCAGGAUGUCCAUUAUUAAGAUUCAUGCUCGUGAGAUCCUCGACUCCAGAGGAAACCCAACAGUAGAGGUUGACCUGCACACAGGAAAAGGUCUUUUCAGGGCAGCAGUUCCCAGCGGAGCAUCCACAGGUGUUCAUGAAGCUUUGGAGAUGAGAGAUGGUGACAAGACUCGCUACCUGGGCAAAGGUGUGACUAAGGCUGUCGAUCAUGUCAACAAGGACAUUGCUCCAGUGCUGCUAAAGCAUAAGCUGAGUGUUGUGGACCAAGAGAAGAUCGAUAAGCUCAUGCUCGAGCUUGAUGCUACCGAGAACAAAUCUAAUUUUGGUGCUAAUGCUAUCCUGGGUGUGUCUCUGGCUGUGUGUAAGGCUGGAGCUUCAGAGAAGGGCGUUCCCCUCUACCGCCACAUCGCUGACCUUGCCGGACACACUGACGUCAUUUUGCCCGUGCCUGCGUUUAACGUGAUAAACGGUGGCUCCCACGCUGGUAAUAAGCUGGCCAUGCAGGAGUUCAUGAUUCUGCCGGUUGGUGCGGGCAGCUUCCGGGAGGCCAUGCGCAUGGGUGCCGAGGUCUACCAUAACCUGAAGGCCGUCAUCAAGGGGAAAUACGGCAAGGACGCCACCAACGUGGGCGACGAGGGCGGCUUUGCCCCCAACAUCCUGGAAAACAACGAGGCACUGGAGCUGUUGAAGUCAGCCAUUGAGAAGGCGGGGUACGCGGAUAAGAUUAUCAUCGGCAUGGACGUUGCCGCCUCCGAGUUCUACCGCAGUGGGAAGUACGACUUGGACUUCAAAUCGCCCGACGACCCCAAACGCCACAUUACCGGCGACCAGCUUGGAGAUCUGUACAAGAACUUCAUCAACAAUUAUCCAGUCCAGUCCAUCGAGGACCCCUUUGACCAGGAUGACUGGGAAAACUGGACGAAGUUUACCGGUUCCGUGGGCAUCCAGAUUGUCGGGGAUGACCUCACGGUAACAAACCCCAAACGCAUCCAGCAGGCCGUGGAGAAGAAGGCCUGCAACUGCCUGCUGCUCAAGGUCAACCAGAUCGGCACCGUAAUGGAGUCUAUUCAGGCGUGUAAACUGGCUCAGAAGAAUGGGUGGGGGGUGAUGGUUAGUCAUCGCUCUGGAGAAACAGAAGACACUUUCAUUGCUGACCUAGUGGUUGGUCUCUGCACAGGACAGAUUAAGACUGGCGCCCCCUGUAGGUCAGAGCGUUUGGCCAAAUACAACCAGCUCAUGAGGAUCGAGGAGCAGCUGGGGGAUAAAGCCAGGUUCGCCGGCCGAGAUUUUCGUCAUCCCAAAGUCAACUGAGCUGAAGGGAGCUGAGGGCACCUCUCUACUCAUUUUCAACCCUGGUUUUGAUUAAGGACUUUUUAUACUGUGCCCCUGUUCGAGUUUGAGUCAGUCGUAUCAAACAUGUUAUAGAUUUUGACAAUAAACUUUCGGAAAGUCAAGCAAAACAAAAUAAAAUAAAUGAAUGAACGCAUUUUCUGAUUUACCUUUCCAAUGAGCUGGGCUCGUCUUUUGUCAGAAUCUCUUCUCCUUUUCUAUGUAUUCUCUUCUCUUUGUUCUCUUCCUUUCAUCUCUUCUUUUCUAUUCUGCUCACUCUCCUUCAGUUUUUUUCUUGUUUGCCUGUCCUUACUCUCUAUCACUGAUCCUGAUAACUGACUUGGGUUUUAUCUCCACAUUAGGACCCAGCAUGGAUUUAUGCAUUUGUGGAAAUAUUCACUAUUUAGUUGUAAGUCUUACGGGACCUCUUUAUUCCUAAUAGAAAAACACAAAUGGCUUCAGUGCGUUGGCACAUACAGCCAUUUAGGUCCCGUGACUCUUGAGUGAGAGGGUUUUUUUUUGUCUGAAACAUUAAUGCUACCAGUACAGCUAAUUAUGCUAAUGAAUAAAGCUAAGGAGAUCAUUA